AUGUCGAUCCUCUGGCUUCCAAUGGAGAUCGUUCUCGACAUCGCCGAGAACCUCACCAAACUGAAAGAUAUAAAUUCUUUGGUGCUCGCCCACUCUCGCCUGAAGAACCAGCUGGAAUUUUAUCUUUACAAAGUUGAUGCCGAACUGCAUGAAGGUGGAGCAGCUCUCUGGGGUGCCGAGAAAGGUCAACUUAGGACUCUGCGCAAGUCUGUCAUCGCUGGUGCAAAGAUCCCCAAGUCAGACCACUUCAAGACUCACGCCAAAGGGAUUGACUUUGUUGAGACUCUUUCUCCCAUCCCAAGAUAUCCAAAGACUCACCCUAUCACCGCUGCUGCUAUGAGUGGAUCCAAGAAAUGCGUUCGGUACCUGAUUCGCUACGGCAUUUAUCCGCACUUUCUUGAUGAUCACUUUGUCACCCCAAUCCAAGCCGCUGCCGCUAAAGGUCAUGUUGAGGUGGUCAGAAUGCUUCUCAAACAUUACCCGGAGGUAUACAAGGGUGCUUUCACCCUUCGACGCACCAUAAAAUCGGCCACUAUCUUUGGUCACAUGAAGGUUCUUGCGGUCGUUUUUGACUACCUGGAAUCUCCUAAGUCCGGUAGUGGCCUCUCUGUUGAACUUGCGGCUCAGAUAGUUCUCUUUGAGGCUCUUUGGCACAACAAACCCAAUGCCGUGUUUUUUGCUUUGGACAAGGGCGCAGAUGUGAAUGCCAAGAAUGGCGAGGCUGCAUUGUGGUUUGUAACUGAUGUGGCCCCUUGGGAACGAGUUUCCCGCGAGCGACGCAUUCUGAGACAGGAGCACAAAUCCAAGAAGUUCAUUCUGGGACAGCGCGUGUGCGGAUGGAGACAGCAUAACUCCGAUAUUAUGGAUGCUGCUAUGACUGGCCAAAACGCUGAGCUCACUCGUUUGAUGUUCGAUGCAGGAUACGAGGGCCCCAAUGGUCGAGUUUCCCUCGAGACUUGCUUGAUGUCCAUGGCCAGUGCUCACUGGAGAGCUCUCCAGUUUGUGCUCAACGCUGGGGACCGCCCGCACGUCUGGCCCAAUGGAGACUGGGGCAACUACGCCGUGUGA